AUGUCCAUUCAAGACCUGUAUCAGACCCCGCUCGACACUUCAAAACCUGAGAUAAGACUAUUAGAGGUAGUUGAGGACAACGGUGUUGUCUCAUGUAAAUUGCACACCGUCACUUUCAGCAAACAACUACGCUUUGCUGCGCUAUCCUAUGUAUGGGGAAGUGCAGCCGACAGGGUCAACAUCAACAUCAACGGCGUUGAGGUUCCUGUUUCAAAGAGUCUCGCCCGCGCGUUGAAGGAAGUUCGAGGCUAUUGGAAAUAUGAGUUUCCCAAUAGAGAUCAAUCCAAAUUCAGAAUCUGGGUCGACGCUGUUUGUAUCAACCAAGCCGAUGCUGCAGAGCGUACUGAACAAGUCAAGCUCAUGCGCGACAUCUACUCAUCAACUGAUCUUGUACUUGGUUGGUUAGGUUCUGAAGAGGACGAUAAAAUCUUGACAGCUAUCACGACUAUCAUGGUCUUGAGCAAAGCCUUCAGGGCAGCAAAGUGGGAGGUUGAUAACCUGAUGAACCUGGAGUGGUUGAGAACUUGUGGUCUUACAAAAGAACCUGAAUGCGACAAGUUCUGGGCAUCGCUCGAUGAUCUCGCGUUGCUCCCAUACUGGCGACGCGUCUGGAUCUUGCAGGAAAACGUCUUGGCCUCAACAUUAUUCUACAUUGCCCCACGAGUCUGUAUCGAGUACAGGUCUCUCAUGAACGUGUGCCGCAUGUUUGACAUUCUUUCCCUCAAACUGACUGAAAAGCAAGUAACGAAACCCAACUUUGUCCCAAGCCAUAUUUGGAUGAAGUUUUGUCCACCUAGAGGUACCGGUUUCAUCCAGCUACGAAACAUUAUCCGUUUCGAUGUUGCCAAGAUUAUGCACAAGGACAAAGCCACAGAGAGUCAAGAAGAGCGACAACGGACGGCGGUUCAACUUUCCGCAUUUGGUGGUACACUCGAAGCCACAGAUCCUAGAGACCACAUCUACGGCCUUCUGGGUCUUAGCUCACUUCCCCUUAGCCCGGACUACACCAAGAGCGUCAGAGGUGUAUAUGUAGAUUACUGCAAGGCGGUACUAGAAACUAUUGGGAACAGCGGCAGGAGAGAAGUGCAAUUUCUUCGAGAUGCUGGAUCGGGUGUUUUCGAAGAUCCUCUGAGGCUGCCAUCCUGGGCACCGCAAUUUCCAUCAAGAGCGACCGAUAACCCGACUUUGAUGUUUGAUGGAGAGUUCGAACUUACUCGAAUCGUCCCUAAUAUUCCACGGCCAAACAUCGCGGAUGCCAAGUUGCACCUAUUCGGUGUGAAAUUGCAAACGUUAAAGAAGGUCGGAGGGAACCCAGAGAUCCAAAAUCUCCAGAAGGGAGGUGAUCUUGCCGACUGGAUACAAAAUUACAUCAAUCGCAUACCGUUCUAUCCAACUAAGAUCCCUUCAAUUUGGGCCCUAUUUCUAGUGGUCGCGAGGAUGCAGAAACUGGCCUUGGAUACACCGAGCAUGUUGCUAUUGCUUAACUUCACGAAGCGACUAGACCUCCAAAUUCCAGAAAGCGAUCGACCACGAGGUGUUACGACAUAUUUCCAGACACGUGAGGCUGACGGUCUUUCCGUCAUGAUAGUUCAGGAUGGAGGAAAUAACCCUGAAAUGAUGGGAUGUAUUUCGCCGUUGAUCGGCGGGCCUGAUGCACUGAAGGCGAGGAUGUUUGAUGUCGAUGCUCAGCAAGUGUUUAUGAUGAAGCGAAACUACCAUACGAGGUUGUAUGAAACCGAUGCUGGAUAUUUGGGAAUGGGGCCACAGAACUGCAAAGUUGGAGAUGUCAUCUGCAUUGUAGAUGGGUACGAGGAUCUUGUUCUGUUGCGGAAGCGUGGAGAUGAUUAUGAAUACGUUGGUCCAUGUCUGGCUUAUGGAAUCACGGAUAUGUAUAUCAAAAGGAAAGUUGAGGAUGGAGAGGUGGCAGUUGAGACGUUUCAUCUGGUGUAG